AUGCUCUGGGCGCGGCUGCCACUCUGCAGUCACUCCAGGCCCUCUACAGGUGGCUGGCAGCCCCUGCGUUUUGAUGGCGGGGCCUUCCAUCUGAAAGGAACAGCCAAGCUGGCGCGGGCUCUGCUGGUGCUUCGCCUGUGCGCCUGGCCCCCUUUGGUCACACAUGGACUGGCGUUUCAGGCCUGGUCUCAGCGACUCCUGGGCUCUCGGCUCUCCCGCGCACUUCUCCGAGCAUCCAUCUAUGGGCAGUUUGUGGCCGGGGAGACAGCAGGGGAGGUGACAGACUGUGUCCAGCAGCUACAGGUCCUGGGACUCCUGCCCCUGCUGGCAGUGCCCACCGAGGAGGAACCAGACUCCACUGCCAAGACCAGCGAGGCCUGGUAUGAGGGGAACCUCAGGACCAUGCUGCAUUGUGUGGACUUGUCGCGAGCUCUCGUGGACACCCGAGGCCCAGCCAGAAACAGCCUCAUGCAGCUGAAAGUGACAGCACUAACCAGCGCCCGGCUUUGUAAGGAGCUAUCAGCUCGGAUCCAAAGGCCAGCAGGCUCUUCGGAGCUGAACCCCGAGAGGCUGGCAGAAGCCAUGGACUCAGGCCAGAACCUCCAGCUCUCCUGCCUCAGCACCGAUCAGAAUCAGCAUCUGCAGGCCUCUCUCAGCCGCUUGCACCGCGUGGCCCAGCAUGCCCGGGCCCAGCACGUGAGGCUCCUGGUGGAUGCUGAGUACACGUUCAUCAAUCCUGCCCUCUCCCUGCUCGUGGAUGCCCUGGCCCUGCGCUGGAACAGACCCGAGGAAGGCGGGCCCUGGGUGUGGAACACUUACCAGGCCUAUCUGAAGGAAACUCAGAAACGGCUGGAGCGGGAUGCUGAGGCCGCACACAAGGCUGGCCUGGCGUUUGGGGUGAAGUUGGUACGAGGUGCCUAUCUGGACAAGGAGAGAGCCAUGACACAGCUCCAAGGGAAGGAAGACUGCACUCAGCCUGACUAUGAGGCCACUAGCCGAAGUUACAGCCGCUGCCUGGAGCUGAUGCUGCGCCGUGUGUCCCUUCAUGGCCCCCUGUGCCACCUCAUGGUGGCUUCCCACAAUGAAGACUCCGUUCACCAGGCAACUAAGCGCAUGUGGGAGCUGGGCAUUCCUCCGGAUGGGCCCGUCUGUUUUGGACAACUUCUAGGCAUGUGUGACCAUGUCUCCCUGGCACUAGGACAGGCUGGAUAUUUGGUAUAUAAGUCUAUCCCGUAUGGCUGCCUGGAGGAGGUGAUCCCCUACCUGAUUCGGAGAGCCCAGGAGAACCGGAGUGUGUUGCAGGGUGCCCGCAGGGAACAGGCAUUACUCAGCCAAGAACUGUGGCGGAGGCUUCUGGGAAGGAAGGUCUGAGGGCUACUCCAUCAGCACCAUUAGGGGCCAUGUGCGCAAUAAAGGUCCCAAGACUCUG